AUGAAGAGCAUUAAAACUAUAAAAGAAUUUGAAGAAGAAUUAAAACCGGAUCCCGAAUUACUUUUGUGGGAGAAAUGGAUACAGGUACGAAAAGAAGAAGCAAUGAAAAUAUCCAAAAAAGUUAAAAGGCCACAAAUAGAUUUAACAAUGAACUUAGUAGAAAAAGUUAGAGAGGAACGAGAGCGUAAAAUAGCAUUAGAACAUGCACAGAUAGAUAAGAAGCCAUCUUUGAGAGGAAGUCUUUGGGAGCAGCCACUAAGGUUACACCAGACAUGUGAGUGUGGGCCCAUUUAUGAAGUCCAAAGAACUGCAGCAGAAGUUGGUCGUCCUCAUAUUGUAAAACACAUUGGUGUACCGCGUCAAAUACAAGAGGAGGAAAAAGGUUUAAAAGGGGUCUCGGAAAGAAAUAAAUGCAAGAAACUGGAUGCAGAUUACCAAAGAUAUAGAGAAAAAAAAGAAUUCCUUUUAAAAGAUAAAUUAAAGAAAAUAGAUCCCUAUAGGCCAGAAAUAGACGGUUUGUUAGUCAUUGGUAAGAAACCUAAAUCUCCUCCACCUAGAAAACCUAAUAUACCUUCCAUAAAAGUAACAUCAUCCGCUAGUCGCUUAGAAGACUUUUCAAACAUCUACGCGGUUCGAAUUAACAAUACAAUAAUAUACAAGGAUCUUCCUGAACAAUGCGUGGAUCAUUUCACAAAAAUGCGGAGUGAGUGUUGGCACGAGGAUCGAACUUCUUGGAGUUAUUACUUUAAUGCGCCAGCCAACAUUGCCAGUAGAACUAGUUUGAUGCUUGAGAACCUUGGGACAAUCUCCUUGAGAUAUUGUUGGAAGAAAAUAAAAAAGACCAUACCAUUUAUACCCGAAGAUUAUUAUGAACAAGUUUACUUCUUCAAUAAAAACGAAAAUGUUCUACAUCCAGGGCAAAAAAUAAACAUUAACUUUACGUUUUUAUCUAAAAAACCUGGAGUUUUUAGUGAAUUUUGGGAACUCAACUUUUGUAAUAUAUGUUUCUUUGAUACACUAGCUCAUAAAUUUACCUUAAAUUUGUACGCUGAUGCUGUUGAAGAUAUCGAAGAAAUACUGCAAAAGGCUGGUUCCAUAAAAAAAUACAUUACAGAUCAAGUUUUAAUUGAUUAUAUUCGCAAGAUAUUACAAGAAAUACUCAUAAAAUCUACGGAAGAACAAUCAUUGAAGUAUCCUUAUAAAGACAAGUUAUUGGAGGCGGAUUUGUUUGUGAUGAAAAAUCCGGUAUGCUUCUAUCAUCAAACACAAGUGAUGAGGAUGAAGGAAUUGUAUUCAGAGAUGUUACCGAACGCUCCAUGGGACUUGUCCAUAACCACAUGGAGGGCACUAAUGAUGUCUAAAGGCUUUGAAGAACGAAUGACUUACUAUGAGCAUCUGAAAGAGUCUCAUGCUGAGUUAUUAAAGCCUUGGUAUGAAGGCGAAGAUUUAAUGAAGCAUAAGUAUCGAAUAACGAAACAUCUUUUAGGUCAUUUGGCUGAUAAGCUUGAUGAGGAAUAUGAUAGGUUGAGAAAGUUUUGGGUACACGACAGCAAUAUUUCCUUGAGCUCAAAAGUGCCAGUGACUGAAGGAACUUUAGCCGUCGUUGAGUCUGAGAAGUUGAGAAAUAUUUUCUAUCUACACGUUUACGACCACGUCGCAAUUACUGUCGAAGCUUUUUCCGGCAUCCUCAGUAGUUUGGAUUUGAAUCGAUGGAUAGAAUUCGAUUUCUGUCAGACGUGA